UGACACCAACAUGUGAGCAGCAAUCGAUUAAAGUGAUAUUAACAUUUAAUGGGAAUGAUUUGCCAGAAGGACGAUUUGAGGAUUGGAUUGUUGUUGGAACAAAUAAUCGGGCCGAAUGCCGCUUGAAAGGUAAUGGUGAAUUGCAGUAUGUUAUCGAACUGGCAGUUUUCAAUGAUCCGUGCCAAACACAAAUGCCUUCUACUGGCAUAUUUCAAAAUCGAAUUCGAAUUGGGAAAAAUCCAGCCGUAAUUUUGCUUGGUGACAAGACAUAUGUUGUAAAAUGUAUAUAUGGUUUACCGGAAAUUAGCCAACUUGCUAUUCCAAUUAUAAAUCCAUCAUUUAAUGCUGUCACUUUAGCUGAUCCAUCGACAAAUUCGAUGCAUGUUGAAUUAUUUGAUGCGAUUGGAUCAUCAAAUGAGACAAGUGAAGAGAAUUCAGAAGAUCAAGAGAUGGAUGAUAAUGAUGAUAACACACUCAUAACAUGGCCAAUUCUUCUUUCUAUCAUUGGCGGCUUAUUUCUUCUCACUAUCAUUCUCAUUCUUGCUUUUAUAUGUUUCCGAUGGAAGAUUGAAAGUAUUGCAAUUAGUAAAUUCGGUAACGGUGACCUUUGGUGGAAUGAAAAGAAUAAUGUGAAAUCGAAACAACCGUCAAGUGUUCAAACAACGAAUGAACGAUCCUCCGCAACAGUUCAAAGUAUGAUUAAUAUGAAUUCAACAUUAUCGUCUGAUUCAUCGGCAAACUCGGAACGAAAUUUGCAAAAUGCUCCAACGAGAAGUUUCUCGCAACAACAGUCUACAACGACAGAUUCCGGAAUUGCUGCUACGGAAGAUUUACAGCAAUGUUAUUCGGAAUGGCGAAGUCGCAUUCUAACUAAUUUAUCUAACAAACACGUUGAUCUGAACAGAUGCUCAUCAUUACGAACGGAUGAGAUAACAAUUGGCGAAAAUCAGCUCUCGGAAGUUCGUUCAAUCACCGAAAUUUAUCGAUCCGCUGAGAUGGCUCUCGGUGAAGGUGAUGCAUUAUCACAGUCAACACUUGAAGGAGUUUCAUUUGUGCCAAAUUAUUAUAAUUCGGAUCCCGAAAUUGAACGGUUCAUUCGAUGUGUUGGUAAGAUACGUGGUAUUGGCUCUCGUAAACUUACAGAACAAGAAUUUGGUCGAUGGCGUCGUUUAGUGAUCGAAAAUGUAACAUUUCGUGAAUCCCUUUUAAAAGCACGAGAUAUGAAAGAAAUUGAAGAGAUAUGUUUGGGAUCGAAUUACAAGAAAUUAUUUACUAAAGAAAAAUGGAAUGCUAUAAUUUCUUGUAUUAUUGAACAACAACAGCAAUGUAAUAUGUCAACAAAACAUUUUCUUAAACGAAAUGACUCACAACAACAAGAUUUCGUCUCAUCAUCCUUAAAUGUAUACAUUGGUGAUGUUGGUUCCAGUGGUUGGUAG